UCUAUGGUAAAUAAACACCUGUGAAUGAACAAGAAGUGCGAACGGAAACCUGUGUUGGUGAUGUUAGCAAGUGCAAUUUAAUAAGUUUGUGUACAGUGUUUUCAUUGAUAUGAAUAUCAUCAAACUGAAAUAAGGAAUCACUGAAUAGAACAAUACCCCCUUUAGUGAUGAAAAUGAUUUCUUCUUAUAUUUUUCAACUGAUAACAAUAUUAGUCUUCUUUCUUGUGAAGAAUGCUCAUGGUAUUGUGCCUUAUUUCGGUCCAUCAGAUCAGCCUGAGGCCUAUUUCAAUGGAUCAUCAUAUGUAAGACUGCAAACAACAAUAUCUUUGAAGAAACAAACUGGUAUCAGCUUUAGAACCUGCGUUGGUGGUAACCUAUUCUCCCAACAGCAGAAUGAUGAAAUAUUCGAGUUAGUUGUGAAAAAGGAGGGUAUGAUAUUUUUUGCAAGAACAUCUGGAAAGACGUUCGAAGAAAGGAUUGCAGGCAACUACACCAAUAAUAGAUGGCACACUGUGUACCUACAAUACACAUUAGGAAACUUAACCAUCACUAUAGAUGACAAAAUUUGGUUGCUUGCUAAUAGUUCAUAUAAUCAUGAAGUUUUAACAAGCCCAGGACUAUACAAUGAAGGAGCUGCAGUACUUCUUAUCGGUAAACAAUUCAAUGGAUGUAUACAGGAGGGACCAUCAAUAGUUUUUAAUAAGGACAUUAUAAGUUCCAGCCAUAAUGUUAUAUUUGAGCCAUGUCCCUUGACAGAUUUUAGCUGUACACCAAGUGACCAACCACAAGGAAUAGAUAUUUGUCUCAACAAACCCUGCUUCAAUCAAGGCACUUGCAUCAAUGAUAAAACAGGCUACACUUGCACCUGUCAUCCUAGGUACACUGGUAAAAAUUGCGAGAUAGAUAUGGGCGAUCCAUGUGAAAAAAUACCACCACUUUGUAAAAAUAACGGCAAAUGUGAAUCAUCCACCUAUGGGGAGUAUAUGUGUACCUGCCCACCUAACUAUACAGGGGAGCAUUGCGAGAAUAAGAUUGUUAUCAACCCCCAGUGUGAACCACCAAAUAACCCUUGUUUGAAUGGAGGUGUAUGUAGUGUGAUCGAUGGAACAAAUCAGGUUAUCUGCACUUGUAAGCCGGGUUUCAAAGGAACCUUUUGCGAUAUCAACUUGGAUGAAUGCUUUUCCAGCCCUUGCAAAAAUGGAGGAAUAUGCGUUGAUGGAUUCAACAAUUAUACCUGCAAUUGUGCCCAUACAGGUUACACAGGAAGACUGUGCGAUAAGGAUGUUAAUGAGUGUUUAAAUAAUCCAUGUCAUAACAACGGACUUUGCUUCAAUAAUUAUGGUAGCUACUUGUGCCAGUGCGUACCUGGUUAUGGUGGACAGAACUGUGAAUAUAACAUCAACGAGUGUCAGUCCCAACCAUGCUACAACCGCGGCAUAUGCGUAGAUAAGCCAGGUGGCUAUGAAUGCAGGUGUCCAAUGGGUUUCCAAGGAAACAACUGCGAAUUGGACAUGCGCAGUGAAUACUGCACCCCUCAGAGUUGUUUGCCUUACGGAGAAUGUCGUAGCAACAGCAAUCUAGGAUCGAGCUGCUACUGUAAACAUGACCAUCCUGGGAUUUAUCCGAAUUGUACGGUAGAUCCUGUUUGUGUCCCGAAUCCUUGUAGAAACGGGGGAAUAUGCACAGGCAACCGUUUAGGAGAUCGCAGCAGUUUCAAUUGUUCCUGUUUGCCAGGAUUCAUUGGCCCAGCAUGCGACCGCGUAGACCUGUGUGAACCCGGCUUGUGCCGUAACGGCGGUACCUGUAUUAAAGACCUAUACGGGUACCGCUGCGCCUGCACCGAUGGUUGGACUGGUUCCGGUUGUGAAUCGCGCCUUAGGUGCGAGAACGAGCCAUGCGCUCACUCUGUCAGCUGUCAGAAUUAUCUGGGUGGUUACUACUGCACUUGUGAGGCCGGUUGGACAGGUCUGAAUUGCAACAUCGAACUGGAUCUAUGCUCUAGUAAUCCCUGUCUAAACGGGGGAACUUGCACUGAUCGGUUCGAAUACUUCACGUGUCAGUGUGCACAAGGCUAUACAGGGCGCUUAUGUCAAGUCAACGUAGACGAAUGCUCUUCAUCACCAUGUUUGAACGGUGGACAGUGCAUAGACAAGAUCAAUUCCUACGCUUGUAACUGCACUCCUGACUGGAUGGGAUCUAGGUGCGAGAAACCUUACGACGCAUGCGAGCUGAAACCCUGUCAGAAUAAUGGAACAUGCGUGUUGGGCGCCAGCAAGCACAAUUUCGCCUGCAACUGUUCCUUCGGCUUCGAAGGCGAAAGAUGCGAAGUCAACAUAGACGAUUGCAAGGAAGUGCAAUGCGCUCCUGGUAAAGUAUGCGUUGAUUUGGUGAACGCGUUCGAAUGCAGGUGUCCACCUGGUUAUGGCGGUGACAAUUGCACCAUUGAUUUAGACCCCUGCGCAAGAGAACCUUGCUCUAAUAAUGGCAUUUGUACAGUUGAUCCGAUAACUCCCCACCAUUUCAAAUGUUCCUGCCCACCAGGAUAUAUGGGUGAAUAUUGUGACCAGGACAUUGAUGAAUGUACUCAAGGGAAAUACUUAUGUAAUAAUGGUAUUUGUGUGAAUACCGAAGGAGGAUUCCAAUGUUAUUGCAAACCUGGUUUUACUGGUGAACGUUGCAACUUGGACUUCGACGAAUGUCUUUCCAUGCCAUGUCAGAACAACGCCACAUGCUUGAAUAAGAUCAAUAAAUACGAAUGUGUUUGUCCACCUGGAUAUACAGGCAAAGACUGUUCAGUUAAUAUAAACGAAUGUGAUUCUAAUCCUUGUACGAUGGGUUCUACAUGUGUCGAUCUUAUUAAUGCGUACCGUUGUGACUGCCAACCUGGAUUGACUGGAAUAAAUUGUGAGAUUAAUACGGAUGAUUGUGAGUCCUCACCUUGUCUACACAAUUCGAUAUGUAUCGAUAAAUUGAACAACUAUACUUGUGAUUGUACAGAUACAGGUUAUGAAGGUAGACAUUGUGAAACUAACAUUGAUGAUUGCCUGAGCAACCCAUGUGUUAACGAUGCGAAAUGUGUUGAUUUAGUCAAGGGAUAUAGGUGCAUGUGUCAUAGUGGAUAUACUGGAACGAACUGUGAAGAGGAUAUCAACGAAUGUGAGAGUAAUCCUUGUCAAUUUGAUGGAACCUGUUUAGAAAGGAGUAACAUAUCUUUGUAUCAUUCACUCACUGGUACCAAUUUUGAUGGAAUGGUACCAGAAAUUUUCAGGGGAGAGUUUAAUUACAACAGUGCAGCAGGGUACGAGUGUGUUUGCAUUGCUGGCAUAACAGGAAAAAAUUGUGAGAUUGACAUUGACGAAUGUCAAAGCUCGCCUUGUGUUCAUGGGAAGUGCGAAAAUCUAAUAAACAGCUACUCCUGCACUUGCAAUGAUGGAUUUGAAGGAGAGAGAUGUGAUAUUGAUAUAAACGAAUGUGAAAAAUUCCAUCCUUGUGUUAAUGGGGUUUGUAUUGACAAGAGGGCCGACUAUUAUUGUAGCUGUGAGCAAAAUUACGGUGGCAAAAACUGCUCAGUUGAACUUGUAGGCUGCACGAACAAUCCAUGCAUGAACAACGGUACUUGCAAACCUUUCUUAUAUAACGAAACGGAACAUAAAUUCAACUGUUCUUGUGACAACGGUUUCUACGGACCUACCUGUGAGAAAGUAACAACCAUGUCUUUGUCGAAGAAUUCGCAGAUAAUGGUGAAUACCUCCAGAGAGGAAGGUUAUGAUAUUCAGUUCAGGUUUAAGACCACUCUAGGAGAUGGUUUGCUAGCAAUCGGUAAAGGAUUCACCUACUAUAUUCUAGAAUUAUCGAAAGGACGUCUUAACCUACACUCCAGUCUGCUCAACAAAUGGGAAGGUGCUUUUGUUGGUUCCAAUCUGAACAAUAGUGAAUGGCAAAGAGUCUUUGUUGCUAUAAAUUCGACUCAUCUGGUACUUUCGGCCAAUGAUGAACAAACCAUCAAUGUGAUUAAUUUCAACGAAAAUCUCAACAGUUCUUCCACAACUUUCCCGAUAACUUAUAUCGGAGGUAUUCCUAAUAAUUUGAGGAAGCUAACUCACAGUCAGCCAUUUUUGGUUGGCUGCAUUGAAGAUGUUUUAAUAAAUGGCGAAUGGAUACUUCCUGAAGAGGAUAAUGUUAACAUUUCAUUUAUGGAGGUGGACAAAGGUUGCCAGAGAACUCCGCAGUGUAACCCGAAUCCUUGUAAAUCAGGUGGACAUUGUACAGACAAAUGGAGGGAGUUUAGUUGUACAUGUGAGAGACCAUAUCUAGGAAACACCUGUCAGUACAAUUUCACUGCUGCCACCUUUGGAUAUGAAAACAUUACUGAUUCUCUGGUAACUGUAGCAGUAUCAGAUUAUGCAAGAAGGGCUGUAAGAUCAGUAGUGGACAUAAGCAUGUUUAUAAAGACAAGACAACCCAAGGGACAGAUAUUCUAUUUGGGUUCUGGAAUGGGUUCAUCUAACUCAAUUGAUGACACUUACAUUGCUGCCCAACUUGAAGGUGGGGAACUAAUGGUCAGCAUUCAGUUCAAUGGUACUUCCGAAUCGUAUACUGUUGGUGGAGUACACUUAGAUAAUGGUUACAAUCAUUUGAUUGAGGUUGUUAGGAAUAUUACAUUAGUACAAGUUAAGUUGAACGGUACUGAGUAUUUCAGAAAAACCCUUCCAGCUACUGCCACCUUAGACGCGCAAGUUUUGUUCUUAGGUGGUCAGCCUCAAGUGAGAUCCAUAAGACAGGCAGAGAGUCUCGCCACUUUACAAAAACCAGAUAUAAUAACUUCACCGUCGGCUGCUACAAUAGCAGCUUUGAGCAGUGUGCAUUUCAAAGGAAUCAUACAGGAUGUGCAAAUUAGCAAUGGGUCUUCUAUUAUGGUGGUUGAAUUCUUUCCACUGAAAGUGGAGGAUCUUAACAUACCUCAAUCUUUUGGUAUGGUAAAUUUCAGUAAAGAAUUAGUGAAGGAAGGCAUUUUAACUGAUGAUAUGUGUAGGAGUAAGCCUUGUUUGCAUGAUGGUAGAUGUGAAGUUACUUGGAAUGACUAUCAGUGCCAUUGUGCAAGAGGCUUCAAGGGCAAAAAUUGUAACGAAUUGAAAUUCUGCGAAAUUGAAACUUGUCCGAAGGGUUCAGAUUGUAAAAAUUUGGAAGACGGCUUCGAAUGUAUCGCUAAUGCUUCAUUUGAUGCUACCUCUAAACCCCUAAGAUACAGUUUAACGAUUUUACCAAACUCAACAAAAUCGGUUGAUCAAAUGCAGAUAACCUAUAGAACUAGGUCUUGGGGAACUGUUUUCUUUGCAAAGAGCAAGGAAGAUUACUUUAUUGUGUUUGUAUAUCACAACGAUAUAGUAGUUGAGUGGAAUUUGGAAGGAGUUAUGGAUAGUAGGAAGUUCAAAAAAGACAACUUUGAGGGACAGUGGUUGACUCUACUGUUGAAGUUUAAGGAUUCAACAUUCAAAGGAGGCUUCCUGGAGAAUGUUAAUGAUGAAAAUCCAAACUUUGAAGUACAAAAUUUCAGUUCAAGUGCUCUUGUUCAGUUGCUAACCAAGGGUGAAAUAUUUAUUGCUGGCAGUGAUGAGAAAACAUUUGAUUAUCAACAAGUGAUUGACGAAGCAGACAAUAUGACAGGUUACAUUCCUGUUGACAGUACGACAGAAAUAUUUAGUACGAAUUCUUUGGAGAGUUUCGAUGUCAGUAAAGAUGAAGUUACCUUAUACAAAGUGGAUAAAAAUAAGAAGACUGAUAAAUUCAAGGGUUGUCUAGGAGAGAUCCGUAUAGGAGGUUUACUAUUACCUUUCUUCACCAAUAAAGAGCUAAAAUCUAACAAUCAUUAUUCUCAAGAGUUUUACGAGCUCAUUUCUGAGACCAAACCAGAAAUAGACUGCACUUUAUGUUACAACUCGGACUGCUUUAAUCAGGGUCAGUGUAUCAGUCCAACAGAAACAUACAAAUGUGAUUGUCCAGCUGGUUAUGCCGCAGAUGAUUGCUCUAUUGAUAUUAACGAAUGUUUGAAUAAUCAGUGUCAAAAUAACGCAAAAUGUGUGGAUUUGGUAGCCAAGUAUAGGUGCGAUUGCCAAGUAGGAUAUGAAGGAGAGCAUUGCGAAAUAGAUAUUGACGAAUGUCUUAGCAAUCCUUGUCGACAUGGAGGCAGUUGUAUUGAUUUAAUAGGAACUUUCAAAUGUAAUUGCCCUGAAGAUUUUGUUGGGAAACAAUGUGAAGCCCCUCUACUCAUUACAUGUGAUAAUAAACCAUGCAAGGAUGGUGCUACUUGUCAGACUGGAACAAACAAAAUAACUGGUAACAAUUUCACAUGUAUAUGUACAGAGGGUAUGGAAGGACCCUUGUGUGACACCCCAUUCUGUCAGUUGAAAGACUGUGAAAAUGAGGGAGAAUGCAACACAGAGAAAGAAGUACCUUUUUGUAAUUGCAAAGAAGGAUUUGAUGGCAAAUAUUGCGAGAACAAUAUAAACGAUUGUGUUUUGCCUUCAGGAGAAAGCCCAUGUCAGAACGGAGGUGUUUGUAUUGAUGGGAUAAAUCAGUACAAAUGUAACUGUACAGGUACAGGAUUCAGAGGACCCCAGUGUGAAACUGACAUUGAUGAGUGUGAAGACCCACUAGCCUGUGGGAAGGGAAUGUGCCAUAAUAUCCCUGGAAAUUUCAAAUGUACAUGCCUUGAUCCUAUUGGAAAAUGUGGUCAUGGGUGUAUCUUGGACGAUCCAUGUUUUGGUGUCAACCCCUGUGUCCAUGGAGAUUGCACAUCAGAUUGCAGCGACAAACCUGCAUACAAAUGUCGAUGUAGAGAUAGCUAUAUUGGUGUUAAUUGUACAGAAUAUCAGCUUGCUGCCAGUGCUGGUGAUGGUGGUUUUAACAUACUGUAUGUGGCUGUACCUUUAGUACUAAUUGUAUUUAUUGGUCUUGCCAUUGGAUUGGUAAUAUUGGUAAAUGUAGCUAGAAGUAAAAGAGCAACUAGAGGGACAUACAGUCCAAGUGCCCAAGAAUUUUGCAAUCCUCGAGUGGAAUUGGACCAUGUUUUGAAGCCCCCACCUGAGGAAAGACUUAUAUAAUGACAGCAUAAAGGAAUUUUUACCAACAUGAUUCAUACGUAAUGUAUUUAUAAUUCCUGGUUUUCAGUGAGAAUACGCAAUAAUUGCAUUUAUCGGUUUCUCUAUUCAUCUAGGAAGUGGAUGAAAUAUUAUAAAGUUAUUUUCAAUUUGAAAUUUCAAAUUGAAAAUAAUUGUUAUUUUUUAUUAUAUAGUAACCUAGACUUUUUACGUUGGACAAAAUGUACUUAAUCCAUUUUUGGAAUUUUUUAUCUUCAUCUCUGAUACUGAAUGAAGUGAUUUUUCAGUAUUGUUAGGAACAUCAUAGUAUUUAUCUCAUAUUUUUGCUCAUUUAAUUAAGUAAUAAUUUUUUGAUCUUUUAAUAUUCUUCUUAUUGAAGCAAUAAUAUGCCAGACAAAAGAAUUUGAUGCUCACCAAAAAUAAUGGAAUUGUUAAUCAAAUAUCCUUGUAGUUGGAUUGAACACUUUAGUAUUGCAAUUAUUCAGUUAUAAUUGAUGAUGAUCUUUAUCGAACAAUUUAAUUUAUUUCUUAUUGUAUAUAGACAGUGAUAUUAAUAUUUUUUUUUAAGCCUAAUUUGAAUUAUAGGUACUUUUUUUUUUAUUUUUAGUUGCGUAAAAGUCAUUGGACUUUUAACCAGACCAAUUUAUAUUGUUGACUAUUGUCCCAUUUUUUAAAAUGAAUGUGAUAAAUCUAUUGAUUAUGACCAUAAGAUUUUGCACUUGAAGAUGCUUCCCAUAAAAUAAAAAUAUAAAAUAUAAUAAUAUUACACCAAAGCUGUAUAUAUAUUUUUAUAAUUAACAAUUGAAAACUUUUAUAUUAUAAGACAAGUGUAUUUAUUUAUUCGAUUGAAGUGACAGAAAUAAAAAGAUUCUAGAAUGUA